GGACGUCAGAAAAAAAAAGUCAAGCCCAUGAUGCUCUAGGGGUUGCAUCGUAGGCUCAAGAUAUUUGUCUCCUCCGAUCCUCACGCCACAAAUAAUUAACACACCAUGAAGAUGGCGAAGCACACGGUCUUCCUCUUCCAGCUGAUCAUCAGUCUUAGCGUCGCGGUCGCCAGCGGCGGCGAUGAUGCCCGGUUCGCCUACCCGGGCUUCGCCGGCGCUAACCUCACCCUCGACGGCAACGCCACCGUCACGCCGGACGGGCUGCUGGUGCUCACCAGCCGCAAGACCAACCUCAAGGGCCACGCGUUCCACCCGGCCCCGCUGCCGUUCCGCGCGCCGUCGGGCAAGGCGCGCUCCUUCGCGGCCUCCUUCGUGUUCGCCAUCGUCUCCGACUACACCGACUUCAGCGCCCACGGCAUGGCCUUCGUCGUGGCCCCGAGCACGGGCUUCGCCGCCGCCGCGCUGCCGGCCGGGUACCUGGCCCUCCUCAACGUCCAGAACAACGGCAACGCGAGCAACCACCUCUUCGCCGUCGAGCUCGACACCACCCAGAACACCGACUUCCAGGACAUCAACUCCAACCACGUCGGCAUCGACGUCAACGACCUGCACUCGGUGCAAUCCUACCCUACAGGCUACUACGACGCCGGCGUCUUCAGGAACCUGUCCCUCUUCAGCCGGGAGCCGAUGCAGGUGUGGGUGGAGUACGACGGCGACACCGGCCGGAUCGAUGUGACCUUGGCACCCGCCGGAGUGGCCAAGCCGGCGAGGCCGCUGGUCUCGGCCACCUACGACCUCUCGCCGGUGCUCACGGAGGAAUCAUACGUCGGCUUCGCAUCGGCGACCGGUGGGAUCAACUCAAGACACUACGUGCUCGGCUGGAGCUUCGCCCUGGAUGGUGGCCCUGCUCCAGCCAUUGACAUCACCAAGCUGCCUAAGCUACCUCGUUUUGGGCCCAAGCCUCGUUCAAAGCUCCUGGAGAUCCUCCUGCCAAUAGCCACCGCAGCGGUUGUCAUCACUACCGCCACCGUCGCAGCUCUUCUCGUGCUGAGAAAGCUGAGGUACGCCGAGCUGCUUGAAGAGUGGGAGCUCGAGUUCGGCCCGCACCGGUUCGCGUUCAGGGAUCUGUACCAUGCAACUGACGGGUUCAAGACCAAGCAUCUGCUUGGUGCUGGAGGAUUCGGGAAGGUGUACAGAGGAGUUCUUGCCAAGUCUAAGAUGGAGGUAGCUGUGAAGAGGAUUUCUCACGAGUCAAGGCAAGGGAUGAGGGAGUUCAUCGCUGAGGUUGUCAGCAUCGGCCGCCUUCGGCAUCGUAACCUGGUACAACUACUUGGCUAUUGUAGAAGAAAAGGGGAGCUCCUUCUGGUCUACGAGUACAUGCCGAAUGGCAGCCUGGAUAAGUAUCUCUACUGUGAAGAGAACAAGCCGAUGCUUGGUUGGCCUCAAAGAUUCAGUAUCAUCAAAGGUGUAGCGUCCGGCUUGCUCUACAUCCACGACAAGUGGGAGAAGGUUGUGAUUCACCGGGAUAUCAAGGCGAGCAACGUGCUCCUGGACAGCGAGAUGAACGGGCGCCUUGGUGACUUUGGGCUUGCGAGGCUGUACGACCAUGGCACCGACCCACAAACCACACACGUCGUCGGCACCAUGGGCUACUUAGCUCCCGAGCUAGUACGCACCGGUAAGGCAUCCAAGCUCACGGAUGUGUUCGCGUUCGGUGCUUUCCUUCUUGAGAUGGUUUGUGGGCGAAGGCCGGUGAACGCUGACGCUCAGGACAAGCAAGAAAUGCUAGUGGACUGGGUUCUUGAGCACUUGCACAAAGGAUCUCUCACCGAGACAGUGGACGCAAGGUUGCGAGGUCAGUACAAUGUUGAUGAGGCAUGCCUAGUGCUCAAGCUAGGGUUGCUGUGCUCCCACCCUUACACGAACGUAAGGCCACACCUGCAGCAAGUCAAGCAGUACCUCGACGGAGCGACACCGCUGCCGGAUCUGCAGGCCACCACGAAUGUUGAUGUGAGCUUUAGUACGAUGGCUCUGAUGCAGAACAAUGAAGGGUUCGAUUCGUAUGUCAUGUCCUUUCCAUCAUCAGCCGGAAGCGUUGACACUAUGUCCUCCAUCGCAGGUGGAAGAUGAAAUAUGGAUUGAGAGUACUGUGGACUUCCAUAUAUUACGUUGAGAUCAUACUGCUUGCAGAAAUUCAGUUAGCUAUGUAAAAUAUCAUGUAACAGAACAUGAAAAAAGGUGAAGUGAUUAAUAGUACUAUUUUGGAGUCAUGUC